AUCCACCAGCCGCCUCCAGCCCGAUACUUCUUGAAUACAAUCGACUUAAAACUCUCCUUUCAUCGACUCCCCUCCAUACAAAGGGCUAUCUGGUCUCUGCUUUAUACACGCAUCUUUGUUUAAUAACCCUACUUCAUCAGUCACUAUGGUCGGCCACGGUAUGACGGGCAUGCUCGGUGAAGACGGCAUUCAUGUUGAUAUGAACCACUUGAAGAAGGGCGAGGUCAACCUAGGAACGUCGAUCAUGGCAAUCAACUUCAAAGACGGCGUGAUAUUGGGAGCCGACAGCCGAACAACCACCGGAGCUUACAUCGCCAACCGAGUGACCGACAAAUUGACACAGGUGCAUGACACGAUCUGGUGCUGUCGUUCGGGGUCGGCUGCCGACACGCAGGCCGUGGCUGAUAUUGUAUCUUACCAUCUCAACAUGUACUCGAUUACAAACAACGAGGCACCUAGCACUCAGGUCGCCGCCGCGCUGUUCCAGGAACUGUGCUAUGAGAACAAGGACAUGCUAAGUGCUGGCAUCAUCAUUGCUGGAUAUGAUCCUCGACAUGGAGGACAGGUUUAUUCGAUACCCCUCGGCGGAUCUCUUCAUAAGCAACCGUACUCCAUCGGCGGAUCGGGGUCAACUUAUAUCUACGGAUACUGCGAUGCAAACUGGAAGGAAAAUAUGACUGAGGAAGAAGGCAUUCAGUUUGUUCGGUCCGCCCUGCAGGAGGCGAUCAAAUGGGACGGCAGCUCUGGCGGUGUGAUCCGACUGGUGGUCUUGACGUCCAAGGGCGCUCAGCGGCAUCUCUACCUGCCGGACACGGGUUACACUGGCCCUGGCGUCACCAACUGAUGACUGUAUUCGUAUGGAAUGAUGAUUUAUAUCGUUGUUAGCUGUUGAUCAACAUGAGCUUUCCUUCUUCCUCUUCACACUAAGCAUAUUGUCGUCAUGAGCAUAACUUCACCGUCAACCUGGUCGAUAAAAUCAACACUAGUUCUAAGCAAAGAGAACGAGGGGUGCGGUCGGUCAUCCGUGGCAGGGUGAAGGACUGUCGGUGACUCGAGCGAGUAACUGGCCU